GCCACCUGUCAGUGUCCAUCAGUGCCAGCUCUCAGUGCUCAUCCAUGCCACCUGAAAGUGCCCAUCAAUGCCACAUCAAUGCCACAUAUCAGUGCCUACCAGUGCCCAUCUGAGCUGCCUUUCAGUGUCACCCGUCAGUGCCACCUAUCAAUGCCAAUCAGUGCCACCUAUCAGUGCCAGUCAGUGCUGCCUAUCAGUGCCAGUCAGUGCCGUCUAUCAGUGUGCAUCAGUGCCACCUAUCAGUGCCCGUCACCAGUGCCACCUAACAGUGCCAGUCAGUGUCACCUAACAGUGCCAGUCAUUGCCGCCUAUCAG